ACCGUGGUUCUCCACCAACAACUCAUGCACCCACAUGGAAGUUCUGGAGAAGGUUGUCCUCUAGAAGGAACGCAAAUGAUAAGAAAGGCGGCGAUAGGGGGGAAUACGGUGGCAGUCUUCUUGUGAGCCAUUCGGAUGGCCGCGGAAGGCGCGAAUGUAUUCUCAAAGAAACUAUACGUCUCUCUAAUGGUGUAUCUAACGAAGAAGACGACCAUCUCGAAGACCUCCCCGAUGUUCUUGAUAACAAUGCUCUGCGACGGUCGCAGUCAUUGAAGCCUCCACCAAAACCUCCUAGAUUGUUCUUGAUGCGUUCGACUUCGAUUACGAAUCAUAGAAACUCGAUAACGCCGUCUUCGUCGCGGAACUCGUUUCUCAUGUCCCCGAGCACGAAUUCCAAGGAGGAAGCAAUUAUCAAAUUUCCUAUUAACAUUGAAAACGGGCGCUUUUUGAACAACUCUCCGUACAACGGAACCAUUCCUUCCCCCAAGAACCCAGAAGCUGUGGGUCAAAUGACUCCAGAUUUAACGACCAAAUCUAUUCGCAGAGAAAAACGUAUCAAAUAUUCGGCAAACGGCAAUCCGAUGCGUAUCAAAAUGGACUUGCCUGCUUCAGGCCAACUGCAAAAUGCCCGUGACAAGAUCACCCGGCAUGGCAUUAUAUUACAUUGCCUUACUGAUUUAUUAUGUCAGCGGUUGAGACCGGUGGACCUUAUCGAAAAUAUGUACAAGGAACAUGUGAUAACCACAGGCGACCUACAAGCAUUCCACGGUCAUCCAGACCAGAGAUUGGUCUGUGAGAGCUUAGUGAACAAUGUAUCUCGAGGAGACAGCCAACAGUACGAGUCUUUCUGUAACGUCCUUCGCAAUACGGACGGCUAUAGAGAUAUUUCCGAUAUUCUGGACGCUAUGACUCGGAUAUCGUUUAUGAUUUCCGAUAUUCCCAGUUCAGAUCAGGAAGACAAUGUCCUUGCUGAUGAAACAACGAUGAAGUUUGACGUAGGUUUCUAUGACGAUUCGAUCCGUCAACUGAAGCCUGUCGUUGAGCUUGAGCGUAUCAAAGACGUCAAUGGUAAAUGGGGGUUACACAACUCCAACUCUUGCUCGUCACAGAUAUCUUCUAGUUUCCUAUCGAAGGACCAACAAAAUAACACAACAGACAUUAACGGCAAUGGAAAAACUAAUUUAGUACCAAUGAUGACGGUCAGUAUUCUUGGACACAAUCUACAAGGUAAACGUGCCAUGGUUCUGGCCGAAGUUCUUCACAGGUACAAUUGUAUUCUUGAACUGUGCCUUGGCAAGACACAGUUGACAGGUUCGGACAUUGGUUUGUUGUCCAUACCUUUGCAAAAAAAUAACAGUUUAACUGUUUUGGAUGUACGACUUAACAAUAUUGGAAACGAGGGAGCUACAAUGAUUGGCAACGCCCUGGAACAGAACUCCACUCUUAGACAGCUAAAUCUAUCGUCAACAGGUAACUUUCAGUUUAAUUAUCAAUCUUUUAUUCAUUUCCGUCUCCCUCUGAUGUAUUUGCAUUUUUAACAAAGCCAGUCCGUA